GUCAUCUAGUAAACAUCAAACUUUCAACAUGGCGGAAGCUAGUGGCGGGGAAAACAUUUCCUCGACUUCUGCAACGGCAUCUAUCGAUAGAACCGAUCAAGCUGCAAGUGAGGACUCAUUUAAAGGAAAGCCCACUUGUAUAUUAUGUCUUGGUAUGGCUGGAUCUGGAAAGACAACUUUUGUGCAGAGACUAACAGCACACUUGUAUGCCCAAAAAGAGACCCCUUAUGUAGUCAACCUUGACCCUGCAGUGAAAGAAGUGCCAUAUCCAGCAAACAUUGACAUUAGAGACUCAGUGAACUAUAAAGAAGUCAUGAAACAAUACAAGUUGGGACCAAAUGGCGGAAUUGUCACCUCACUAAACCUGUUUGCAACAAGGUUUGAUCAGGUUAUGAGCUUUCUGGACAAGAAACAGUCAAAUGAGUUCAAGCCAACAGACAUUGUAGACCACAACUUUGCUGUCGAAUGGAUGCAAGAUUUUGAAGCGUUUGAAGAAGCUCUGUCUCAAGACACAACUUACAUGUCAAGUUUCUCAAGGUCAAUGAGUCUUGUCCUUGAUGAGUUUUAUCAGAAUCUUCGGACAGUAGGUGUAUCAUCAAUGACAGGGGCUGGUUUUGAGGAGUUCUUAAAGGCAGUAGAUGAUGCUGUUGUGGAAUUUGAGACUCAGUACAAACCAGAAUAUGAAAGACUGAAAAACGAAAAAGAAGAAAAAGCAAAAAAAGAUCGAGAAGAUCAACUAAGAAAGGUGCAGCAAGAUUUAGGCAAAGGAAAGCCUGUUGCUAUGGAAACAGUGAAAACUGGUGCCCAGGCCAUUGAGUCUGCUCAUGAAACUCCCUUCCAUAUCUCCCUCGGUGCUGAUUUGGACAGUGAUGAUGAUGAUGAUGAAAAAGGAGAUGACGAGGAGUGGGAUGAAGAGGAAAUGAAGGAACAUGAAUCCUUUAAGAGAUUCCUGGAAAAAGAGAAACAAAAGGAACAACAUGCUAAGAAAGAAGAAAGUGAUUAACUGUUCAAGUUAAAUGCACUGAAAACAUAACAGACCUUGAAAUUUUAUUUAUCAGAAGAACAGAAAAACCAUGUUUAUGCACAAUCAUGUCAUACACUUAAAUUUGAUUGGAGGCCAGACAGUAGAGGAAUUACUUCCAUAAAUUGGCUAAUUUCAUCAAUUUAGAAGGACAAUUUUUUUUUAAACAUUUUAGCUUGCAUAGCCACUUGAGUUGUGGCAGUAGACAUGAAACAAUUUCACCUUCCUAUUCUUCCCACAGUUGUACUGCUCAAAGCUCCCACUAAACAGCAGCCAGUUAUUCAAGUAGCAAGUGUUUCCAUCAGAGCUAGGGCAAAUAAAUCAUCAAGUUUUGGUGUAAGGCAGGUUUUGCUGAAAAAAGAAAACUGUUUAAAUCACUGAAAAGAUCAUUUCCUUGUUUUGAACUGAUUCCUAAAUCAAUCUCCCUUGGCAAGCCUUGUGCAAGUUUGGUCAGGCUAGCUUUAGACUUCCUGUAAAAUAGCGAAAAUAAGGGUACAGUUUAGGUAGUAUUAGGAUGCAUGUGAAAAUAGCCCUCUAAGUCUACUGGAGUUCAGAGUCCAUGGAGUAUUGAACGCGUGAGGUCCUAUAGUGCUGUUUACCAACUGAACGCAUGAACUGGCUACCUAAGAAUUUUUGGAGAACACCAUUUCCUACCCCUUGGUAUUAGCUGAGUAAAUGAUUGUCCUUAACCUACGAGAUAGUACAAAAAAAUGCCUUCUCACUAGGGGUAAUUUAAUCUUUUUUGUUUUUCAAAACGAUAUAAAUGACACACAACCGACGAAAUCACAAACUUAUUGUAGAAUGUUAAGAUAGAAAAAGCGAAUCAAAGCUAAACGUUUGAUUGAAAAAAUAACAAAGACAAAGGAAAUAUCCAAGUGAAACGGAUUUUGAAAUAUAAUAAAACCAAACACAAAGUGACCACUGUUA